UACUUUUCGGAAAAAUCGACAGUGACCGUCACCUUAGGCGUGGAUACACCUGGGACGGUAGAGCUACCGAUGCUUGAAGCCAUAUCUUUAGAAAGCACAAUGAAGAACAAAAGGGGAUUUGUCUUCCAUACGGGUGGAUCCGUGCGAGGGCUCGAUUUUGUCCCCAAACCGUCAGAUACCGAUUUUGAAUACCUUGCUGUGGGAGGUUAUAACGAGAAAAACGAACGUCAUUUUCUUCACGAAAAGCAGGAACCGGGAUCAUAUCACAACUGUAUUCAGAUAUGGCGCGCCGAUCUGCAACUUGAAAGCGAAAGAUCAGCAAUAAUGCUGGAUAUGUGUAUAUUGCAUGAUUUUGGUGUCGUACAAGACUUAAAGUGGUGCCUAUUUGGUGGUUAUCGCGAGGUACCCUUGGCCACUCAUUAUGUCACAGCAAGAAAUUAA